UGCUGGUGGUACAACGAGCCACAGCCACAGAAACAGCCACAAGGAGCCAACUCAGUACCUGAACGGAAACUCUCAUCCACUUGCGAUGGUCGUGCACGCCAGAAGAUUGAGGCCGAGCGCCCUGCUCCUGCUCCUGCUCCUGCAGUUGGGCUGCCUGGACCUGGCCCUGGCCAACAGCAGUCGUCGCUGGGAUGACCGCAGCCUGGAGCAGUACGACGAGCGGCUGGUGUACAGACAAGAGCCGGAGCGGCGGGUGGCCCGAGACGAUCGUCGCGAGGAGACAAAAGUUCGGCUGGAGGAGCGCUCGCUCAGUCGGGAAUCGCAGCGAGUGGAGGCUCGAGCACUCGUCGCAGGCCAGCAGCGUGAAGCUCGCGAGGAGCGAGCAGCUGUGAGACGCGUUGAACGCCGAUUGGAUGCCACGAACGAGAGGCGCGAGCAUCGAGUAGAACGAGAAGAGCGUGACAAUCGUCGCGAGGCCAGAGCUACCCGAGACACAGUCCGACGGACAGAACUGCGAAGAGUUGAACGACUAAACUCAGGCAGCUUUAUGUCAGCAGCGGAACAGCGAGAGGAACGUCGAGAAUCCCAGCGUCUUGCGGAACGAGACAAUCGUGAGGAGCGACGUGAAGAACGUGAAGCGGAACGACGGGAGGAACGGGAAGCAGAACGUCGUGAGGUGCGUGCAGGGGAGCGACGAGAGGAGCGACGAGAGGAGCGUGUAGUGGAACGGCGUGAGGAGCGUCGGGAGGAACGAGCAGAGGACCGUCGGGAGGAUCGAGCAGAGGCACGACAAGAGGAACGCCGUGAGGUGCGAGCAGCGGAACGGCGUGAGGAGCGACGUGAGAAUCGGGUUGGGGAGCGCGUGGUGGAGCGACGUGAGAGGCAAGAGCUUUCGAGGGGACUGGAACGUGACCUGUCCAGGCGCGGCGAGCGCGAGGAGCGCAACAGAGACGAAGUCACGCGCCAGGAUGAGCGAGCGGACAUGCGACGAGCAGCACGAGACGAAACGCGACGAGUCCAGGUGCAAAGCGAACGGCGAGAGGUAACCAGACGUGACAGCCGCGAGACGAGCCUUCGCAGGGAGAACGAGCGGCGAGCGGAACGCGACGGAGAGCGUCGAGUGGCGAGAGACGAAAGGCGUGAAGUUGAUCGCAGGAGGGAAACCGUUGACAGGGAGAGCAGGCGACAGGUGGAAAGGCAAGAGCAGCGACAGAUCGAGCGCGAUGUCCGACAGAAUUCAAGACGUGAGGAGCGUGAGGCUGGCAUCGAGCGAGACAAUUUGCGGGAGGAGCGUGUGGAGCGUGUGGAGCGUGUGGAGCGCGAGGCAGCUCGUGACCGUUCCGAAGUUCGACGCUUGGACAGUCGCAGGGACAGUCGCGAAGAAGUGCGUCAGGAGCGAGAACCCUCCGUCCGACGUGAGGCUGAGUCCUUCCGUGGCGAGCAGCUGCUGGUCGGCCCACAAAAGACAGUCAAGGGCUGGCUGAGCCACGGCAAACGUGAGCUGCUAAUCACCGGUCAGUUCCUGCUCCUCGCGGCGCUCUACCAAAAGUCAACCGCCAAUGGCAAAGGACUCUCUGGUGGCAGUCUGGGCGCACUGGGCGAACAGAUUCAGGGCUACCUGCAAGCGAUCGGCUGCUAAAUCCACCAACGAGCCACCAGUCACCACGCAAAUGCACAAAAGGACAACGCAACGAAACCACAGAGCAGCGAGUAGCAGCAGCGAGUAGCGCACUCGUUGCCGCACGCAAUGUAAAACUUAAUCCCAAAAACUGUUACUCUAACCUAAGCCACAAGCAUAACGAAAAAUAUACCUAAGGCCAGAUACUCAGUUGAGAAUUCUGCAACUGCAA